AUGUUGAGCCCCUCUCACGCCCCUCCUCCCCUCCUACCUUUUGUCUAUUCAUCCCCUGGACUUUACUGGUUUGUGACUGAGGUUUACGACAAUUCAGUUGCUCGUCGUUAUGUCGAUACAGAUCCCUCCAUAGUUUACCAGCCUCAAAAGUUCUGGUUUUCCAAUUCACAAUCAUGUUCAACAUGUCUGAAUCCGGGAGGGAUGCUGUCGUACCACGAAGCUGUUCAUGUAUUCGACGCCGAUGACGUCCAAUCAAGUACUUCCCUUUCGCCGUCAGCAACGGCACACUCAUCUCCUACAUUACCUCAACCUUCUGACCCCCAAUUGGCCGCCCAACCAGCAUCAACACACCCUCCCACUGACGGCAAAGGAGACCCAGGAAACGAUGGCGAUGACGACGAUGAUGAUCAGGAGAACGAUGAUGAUGAUGACGAUAACGAUUCAACAAACAAGUCCAAGAAAUCCUCAACAGAGAAGAAAAAAUCUGGGAAUACUCGUCGUGGAGUUCCUCGUCUUCGUUUCAUUUCCAGAAGCGAUCCUGACGACGAUGGAAUGAAUAUUACACUUUCAUUCAAUUUCACUGGAUCUGCAAUUUCUCUCUUCGCCCUUCAACCGAGAGGAUUCGUCUCGCAGAUGCCCAACGGCGCUCCCACUAACAUGAAUCUUUCGUUUGUGCUAGACGGGGAGGCAGCUGGGGACUUCCGACAUGCUGGUUCCGCAGACGCUGACGGUUCUUCUGGUUCGUUUGCGAACGCUACUGUGUUUUCAAAAACGGGCCUAGAGGAUUCGCCUCAUCAACUUGUUGUGCAUGUCGGCGAGAACUCAACAUUCAUUUUUGACUAUCUCGUAUACACUACCGAAGCCUCAAGUAGUACCCCCACUGAUACCGGGUCACCGACACCAUUAGCUGAGACUACGCCAAGCCCGACCGUUGAUCGAAGUGAGAAGAACCGAAACGUUGCUACCUUCGCCGGUGCUGUAGGAGGAAGUGUUGGAAUCCUUGCCAUCUUCUCCCUCGGCUUGGCCAUAAGUAUCAUUCGAAGAAGGCGCCUUGCUGCAGCCAGGGAUCGUCUGGAUAGCGAGUCACUCCACACCAAUGGAUCCGACGAUUCACCUCCCAUGGCGGGGCCCGCUCCGUUUGUACCGAGAUUCUUCCCAGACACCGUCAUUCCUUCAGAGCCUCCAACGUACACUGUUGCACUAGCGACCGACGCCAACAACUCGACAUUGCUUUCGUCGCUCACGUCAAGUCCGUAUCUAAAUGGCACCCGCACUACACGCUCAUAUGCGGACAUCCCACCAUCAAUACCGCCGCCUCCAGAAGAGGAAGUGGUGCUAAUGCCUCCGCCUCCACCUUUCCCCGUUGCCGUAUCCUCUCCACCCCCGAACCUGCCCCCUGGCGCUAUGCCGCCUCCAAUAUUUGGUGUUGCACCACCUUCUCAUCCCUUGGAUGCCGUGGGUACCACCCGUUCUAAUUCUGCUCCACCGCCUGAACGUGUGCCUUUGCUCCAGUCUACACCAGCUAUUAUUCCUAGACCAAUAUCACGGGCGUCGAGUAGAUCCGCUUAUGACUUGGAUGGUAACCCCGUGGACAGUGAUUCAGAUUAA